AUGACCGAGUCUCGCAGAGAUGUUGAUGUUUAUCUGGAACAGCGUGACGAACAAACCUAUGCUAACAGCGCAUCCCAGAAUGCAUUUUAUGCAUUUCUCCGCUGUCCUCCAGAUUGGCGGCGCAACCUCACUCGAUUCUGUGCUUCGGCCCAAAUUCUCCUGACAAGAGGCAGAACUUUACGAAGUUUACCGAGGGUGUUUAUACUGCGCAGAGCAUUUUUUCUCUUUUGGAUAUUAACAGUUAUCCUGUUCGUGUACCUCAAGUGGUAUUUUCCCUUAUAUCUGACGAGCACGGUAAAUCGCAACAGUUUAGAGGAGUUCAGGUGGGACUGGUGUCGAGUGCGAAGGGUUUCGAUAAACUGGGAAUUACUAAGAUCCCCUUGUGAAGGGAACACCAAAUUUGGUAGAAGUCUACCCGGUUGGGGUAUUGAAAACAGGACUGACCCGAGGCAAAGCUUUAUUCCUUAUAUGGAUAUCAGACCUGCAGGCGAGUUUAGUAGGUUCAGUAUUCAGUCCCAAACGUCCAGUGGCCAACCUAAGGCUAUCGGGGGUGACGAUUGGCGGGUUCUUAUAUGGGGCCCAUCAGUACUGGCACCGACAGUGAUUGAUCACAAAAAUGGAACGUACGAGGUGUUGUUUCUUAUACUGGAGCCUGGUACCUACUCUGGAUUGAUUGUUUUGGAUUACUCCCUGUGCGACGGAAUGAAAAAUCCACCUGAAUACUGGUUUAUGAUUGGAAAUAUCCAUGGAAACGGGCAACCACACGGGACCCUAAUGGAACCCUACGUCUAUUUGCAAACUCCCCUUUGGGAAGGAAUACCGCUGACAAUAGAAGUGGCGUCACCGGUUGGUCCUACAAGAUAUGAAGAAUUUCUCAGUUAUGGAUUUGGUAAUCCUCCUUCUUGCGGGGAGGAUUGCAAAUUCUUAUGGGAUGGCUUCGGCCGCUGGUCUAACGGAACCUGGAAACCACAAGUGGAAGGUUUGUGGACGAAACAUUCUCCAAGGAACCGCGAGGGUGUACUGUGGAUCUAUGGAGAUUCAAAUGCGGGUCGGUUUUAUCGCUCUAUCCGCCGAACUCCGCUGUGUAGAGCGGUUUUCCGCGCUUGCAGUUUCUCGUACAACUGGAUUUAUCCAAUUAAAAACGCUACAGUGGAAAUGCAGCAACAAAAUUUCCUACCAAUAAAUGUGUCCCGAGUGUUGGACGCCAUUGCGAAAGUAAUUCAUCUGCCACAAAUGAACAACGAGAAAAGUGUCAUUCUCUUAAAUCAUGGUCUGCAUUUUAUGACUUCGACAAACUUCACAACAUACCGCGAGGUUGUCGACGGAAUAGUAGAUUUGUUUAAAGAGACAAGGACAGACAACAAAGGAAAAGAACUAAAGUUCCGAGGGAAAGUUAUUUGGAAGACAACCUCUGCUAUUCACCGCGAAAGGUUAAGAUAUCCCCAUCAUCACAAGCGAAGAUUUUUAACUCGUCAGCGGGUACAACUGUACAACGCUUACUCCACCUGGGCUAUGUGUCAAGCUGGUUUUGAGGUACUUGAUGUGUACCCAAUUAGUGCGUCUUUUCCAAACGGAACCGACAACAGCUUGGAUCCUUACGAUGCCGUCCACUACAAGGAUUUGGUGUUCAAGCCUGCGGAACACAUUCUUCUCGAAUACUUCAGCCCUCGGUGGACAACAGUCAAUAACACAAACAGAGAAGUGUGA